UGACAGCAUUUCUCAGGAUUUGACCUCAUUUUCAGUGUGAGAAUGAAGCUGGUGUUUCUUCUAUGUUUGACCGCUGUCCUGGUCGCCAUGGGAACGGAUGGAUGGGGACGCAGACGCUGGGGCAUACGGGUCCGAGUUCCCCGCUUCCGAGUUCCGCGCUUUCGGACACUGAAACCGUUUAUCAAGCCAGUCUUGGGUACCUUGGCUAAAACAUAUUUCGGACCAUGUCACACUGGAAUAAAGGUUGAAUGUGGUCUUUACAGAAAGUUUACUGGGCGUGAGGUUCAGACUUUGGACGCCAACACGGAUGGGUUAGUGGAUAGGUCCGAGGCCGCGAGUUAUUUCGGCUUGGACCACAACGACGCCCAACUUGAUCACUUCAUGAACAUGGCGGAUGCGAAACGUGAUGGCACCGUGGAUCUGGACGAGUUCUUUGAUGCGGCGCUGGCGUUCGAGGACCCAACUCCGGAAGCUGCACCGUGAUCGACUGACUGACUCCAGAACGAGGCUGCAGAAUGCCCACCUGUACAAAGACUUCCUUCUCCUCUUGUUGUUAUUGGCGUUAUGUGUGCAUUGAAUAAACUUUCACUGUUACA